AUGGCUACCACCUUCUCCAUCUUCUGCCCUUUCAUCAGCAUUCUGAGCAGGAGGAAGAGAGCAGAGUAUGAAUUGCCCUGGCCAAUCAUAGCAGGACAGGCAGCCGGAAAGUUUCUUCCUCUCUUUGACCCAGUUUUCACUGAAAGGAGUGCAGCUGAAAACAUAACCAAAGGAAGCAUUACGCUUCCAGAAAAAUAUCAAGAGGUGUCACAAGCAACAGUAGUAGCUGUUGGAUCUGGCUCUAGCAAGGGAAGGGUGGAGAGAUUCAACCAAUUAGUGGUGAAAGUUAGAGAUAAAGUUCUCCCAAAAUAUGGAGAUUCCAAAAUAGUUCUAGAUGAUAAGGAUUAUUUCUUGUUUAGAGAUAAUGACAUUCACAGGAAGUAUGUAGACUGAAAUCAUUAUUGAAAUGGC